AUGCCGCAGCGCAAGUCGCACACCAAGUCUCGUCGAGGAUGCCUCCAAUGCAAACAGCGUCACGUCAAGUGCGAUGAAGCUACGCCUAGCUGCAGUUAUUGCAUCAAACGCGAGAUCACAUGCAGCUUCCUUUCUCCUAGCGACGACAACACAACAAGCUUGGACGCCUCUCCUUCUGGUCAACUAGGACAUGCGCCCUCUCCUGCUCCCGGAUCCACAGACACAAGACUGUUGGAGCUCAGACUAAUGCACAACUGGUCAACCAAAGCCUUCAAAUCGCUCAGACAACAUUCCGACGAGACUUAUCUAUGGCAAGUCGUCGUUCCAGAAUUGGCUCUCUCGCAUGAGUAUCUCUUGAAUGCGUUACUGGCACUAUCUGCUCGUCACCUUUCUUUCGAAGAUCCAACAUGGGAUCGGGCUGCUCUGGACUAUGAAGACAGAGCUCUUACUGGCUUUCAGCUUGUUCUGGGUUCCUUGGACUCCAGCAACUAUGAAGCGAUCUUUGCGUGCUCUAUACUGAUUAUGGUGUUUUCGUUAGCGCAAUCUCAUUGGCAGCAUAGUCGACAGUUAUCCGAUGCUCUGAUGGAUGUUCUUGAGUUGCGUCAAUUUCUUGCUGGUGUUGGCUUGAUACAUAAAGAUUAUAGUGAUCUGUUACGUCUCUCUAGCUUUGGAACUUUAUUCAAUCCACAUACGCCAGGAAAUUUAGAGUCUGGAAAUGGUACCGGUGUACCGCUUCCAGAGAUGUGUCGCAUAGUGGAUAGCGUACUUGAGCUCCUGCGGGUCGAGGCAGCGCAGAGUGUACAUGCCGGGUCUCAUUCCAGCGCCAUAUCAGACCUAUCACAAGCCAUGGGAGCUUACUGUUCAGGCGGUAUAAUGACCGGCAUCAUGACAUGGCCAGUGACAUUCAGAGACCACUAUGUGAACCUUAUCGAGACGAGAGAUCCCAUGGCUUUGGCUAUACUUGCACACUACGGUGUUAUUAUCCACCUGCUACAGGAUCGGUGGUGGGCGGCAGAUGCUGGAAAAAGACUUGUGCAUGCGAUAUUGCCGAUUUUACUGGAGUCAAAGAGAGAGUGGGCUGAGUUGGUCCAACGGUCGUGGUCUGCUGUCGCGAGUGAGCAGUCUUCUCAAAACACACCAAUUUCGGGACUGUGA